AUGCGAGCGCACGCGGCCGCCGUGGAGGAGCAACGCCGACGAGAACAGGAAGAGGAGCGAAGACAGCGGGGCCCUCCGCCAGCCAGCCGGACGGCUCUCAAGAACAUACCGGAAGUCAAGAUCGCAGCGCUCGACUUGGCAGAGGAGACGAACCGAUCCUGCAGCGUCUGCCUCGAGGACCACGAGCUAGGGGAGACGGUGGUCAAGCUUCCGUGCGCGCACAUCUUCCACCGAGAGUGCGUGUGGGAGUGGCUGGAGCUGCACUGCACGUGUCCCGUGUGCCGCUUCGAGCUGGAGACGGAGGACGCCGGGUACGAGAGGGAGAGGAGGGUGAGGAUGCGGGGGCGGCGGCCGCGGUACCGGCGGCAGGAGCUGGAGGGCCUCAGCAUCCCCCAGGUCCGCAACCUCGCCCGAGGGCAGAACGUGAACAUCGCGGGCUGCCUCGAGAAGGCGGACAUCGUGCGGUGCCUCCUCGACUCCGGAACGAUCGAAGUCGUGAAUUCCGAGAUACCGAGCUACGACGCGGAAGAGCUGUCCAACAUGGGGCUGAGACAGCUCCGGUCUCUCAUGCUGCAAGCCGGCAUCGGUACCGAAGGCUGCCUGGAGAAGGCCGACCUGCUGGACCGCAUCGCUUCCUCCCGCCUCGUAACCGUCACGCACGGUGAGGCAGUUCCGCCGCCGGCCCCGCCGUCCUUCGCCUACGGGGGGGGUAGUGGUGGGGGCUCCGCAGCGCGACAAGCACCUGAACGAGGGGCGACGGCGGGCGCCGGGGCGGCGGCAGCAGCAGCACCGGCAAGAGGACAGGGAGGAGUAGAGGAGAGGAGAUGGGCAGAACCAAACUCCAACUCUUUUUCCCGGGCCGGGAUAAGACCAUGGUGGUGGCGGGCCGGGCGGAGGGGUGGGGGUGGAGGCGGCAGUGCGGAAAGGGCGGCGACCCAGGCGGGGGCGGGGGCGGCUUCGCCGCCGCCACCACCGCCACCACAAGCGGGAGCAGCCGCAGCUGCGGCAGGGGCGGGGGCGGCGUCGGGGGCGGCGGCUGGGAGGCCCCUAGAGAGCAUGUCGGUGAAGGAAUUGAGGGAGAUCACGAGCAGGCUAGGCGUCAGCACGGCGGGGUGCCUGGAGAAGCGAGAUAUGGUCGAGCGGAUCAGAAGUUGCGGGAGGUAUCGGGAGGCGGCAGGGGUUGGAAGACCAUGACGGUGGCAGACAGGCGGGGGACGAUUGACGGCACACGUGUGUCUUGCACGUUUGUUAAAGGAGGUCAGGUGUCCCGGAAGCCACACACCCGAUGCUCGCGUCCUUGCGUGUACAAGAAGGGCCCUGUUGUGUGGGUGGCCCGGCGUACGUACAUGGGUGGCGCCGUGCGUGGAAGUGCCAAAAGACUGAAGGGUUCUUGAAGCAUGGCGCGCGUGCGGGGUGCGGUUGCCGCGGCUUGGUUUUGGUGAUCGUGCUGGCACGCACGACCUUGUGCAGCACCGGGAGGUCGACCCCCGGCGAGGCCCGGCCCUCCACUUGCCGUUGGGCCCCUUGUGGUCAUGGACCUGUGCUAUAUCGGAGGGUGUGUAUUAUUUCGAGCGCGUUACGGUGUUCGUCUAGCCUCGAAUAGUGCGUGCGGUCACCUUGAGGAGGGUACAUGUUGGGUGAGUGCGAGGGGUGCCGUUCCACGUUUUAUUCCCCUUGGGGGGUGAUGUUUCUUCUCUGGACAAGAUUGAGAGAGGAGCGCGGGUGCGACUGCUGUAUGCAUCAGGAAAGCACGAACGUGGGUGCCACGACUCCCUCUCGCGUGUGGGGUGUAGUUUCUGAUGAAGAGAGCGUACCUGAAACAGAGCAGGGGGGAGGUGGUCUGGU